CUAGCCCGAGCCAGGGAGAGACAUCUCCUUCAGCUUAAUCUUUUAUCACAGGUAUAAAUUGAAUGGCAGAUGGUGAUCAGGAAUCCAUGCCAAGCACUGUUUUAUGGUAAACAUUUACUAAGUACAGUACCAUGUAGAUGGUAAGAAGCUCCUACAGUGCAGUACGUGGUUCAAUAUCCCGGUGUUUUGUGGCAUGAUUAGAUUAACACUGCAGGAUGUUGUCUGCAGACUGCUCUCACAGGCUUUUGUCAUUGCUGAACCAGUCAAUAUUGAACUGCAAGGAGGAAGAGAAGAAGUUGGAGCAACAGCUCACACAGUAUCACACUCUUCUGAGAAAAUGGAGAACGGGUGAAUGUGAGGAUGGAGAGCAAGAUACAAAACCAGACGAGAUUCAAAAUUUACAGAGUAGUCCAUCCGCAAAAGAAAUCCAGGAGGUGGAGAUACUCAGCAAAGCCCUGGAGAAAGCCUUGAAGGUGCGAACAGGCAGCAGACCACAAACUGCUGGAGCCAGACUUCCACUAGCCAAUGCUCAAGUUGAUCCACCAUGUCCAUCCACUAAGAAGACAAAGCCACUCAUCAAAUGUUCACAUCCUGGAAGAAAGCCUAUGACCUACCAGUUGAAUCCUCCUUACAAGACUAACCCAGAGAAGAAAAGGGCUCACGGGUCUAGCAGAGGGGAAUCAAGUGACGGGACUAGGCAAUUCACUUCUGGGGUCAACCUCCCAGAUAAGGACAGACGUGACUGCGCCCAACUGCACAAGGCCAAAGAAGGCGCUUCGAGUACAGAUACAGUGCUGGGAGCAUCAGCACCUCCUACUGUUUUUCCCCAACCGCUGGAGACACAAGAAGUGCAAGAUGAAGAAAAGCAUAGGGUGAAACACAUACGACACGCUCUGAGGCUCCCAGUUGAGUAUCGGCGGUUAUACACGAAAAAUAGCAGAUUGUGGGACAGUUUUUAUGACAUUCAGAUACCGCGUCCAUCUUCUCAACCAUCAUUUCUAGAGAGGCUGCAACAAACCUUCGUUCCAGGUUGCCCUAGUAAGAGCCUCUUCGAAUUACAAGAAGAAAUAUCUUGUUUGGAAAAUUCAAUCACCAGAAUAAGGCAGAACAUAGACAGUCUCCAGAACUGGAGAGGGACAGGUUCCAGAGAUUGGCUCGACUAUCGUUCCAUGUUGGUUUGUGAAGCUCUUCUAGAAGAGGUGUCCCAACACAGUUUGGAUCUGAACGCCCUUAAGCAGGCUGCACAGCAGCACUUGGCAUGGAACAAGGGGCACUCCACUGGUGCCAGCUGUGAGGAGAUAACCUGCUCAAGUAUGCCCCGCAUGGCUCCAGCAAUACUCCGAUACAACCACCCUUCUGAGCUAUCCCAGCUAAUCUGCUGCAAGCACCGGGUGUUAGAAUUAAAGGAGAAAAUCUAUUUACAAAAGGUGCUGAAUAAAGAGCUGCUUUCUGAGAUGGAUUUGCGAUGUCACAGUGACCCAGAAUCCUGGCUCCUUUACAGAGCCAUUUACACCCAACUUUGCGAGGGGGGAGACGCAUUCCCCGUACUGGUACACGAGGACAACUGACUAACACCAAACACACAGCCCACGGAGACAGAACGCAACACACUGAGAAUGCAACGUGCCGUAUGCCUACUGCAGCAAUUAUUUCCCUGUGCAGCUAGCGGAAGUUUGGAAAUUGGAAGUUCAAUGUAUUGUACAAAAGCCAUGAAAUAAUGCUCGAUUUUAUGAAGAUUUAUAAAUAAGCGUGUAUUUCAAACAGAAAUGUGACCAUACAAGGUGAUGAGACAGUAUGGUCAUAUAGGAGACUCUGCUUGUGGGUACACACAGCUCACGCCAAUCAGGAACCCCUUCAGUAAACAUUUAAUCUAAAUGUCUGCAUUCUCUCUUGCUAGCACCAUGAAUUGAUUAAACUGCAAUAUUUCCCGCAUUUAAAGGGGAAUAGGGGAAGCAUCCACAUUUUACAUUUAACUUGGGCUGUAAAUUACCACAAUUAGGUUUGCUGUAAGCCUAAUGGGAGAUAUGGUGCAGAGCAUCUGGAAAUCCAGAAGUUCCUACACCUGCUCAAAUGGAUCGACUCACCCCCAGGUUUUUUUUUUGUUAUAGAAGAAUGCAAUUAGUAACGCAUUCUCCAGAUGCUUUCAUAUUCUUCUACUUUUUAAUAUCCUUUUUUUAUAUUUUUUUUACAAAUCCACAAUCAGGGUAUCCACUCUCCUCGCAUUUUAAUGUAAAUCAAUACAUUCAACAAUUUGCAUUUCAAAUCCGCAAAUAGAAAAUCAAAGAUUUUUAAAUAUGUAUUAAAAUCACCAUCAAUGCUGUA